AUGUAUAACCCAUCGGUAACCGUGCGUCGUAUUGAUGUUUUGAUUCGUAUAUUAAAUGGUCGAAAUGUUAAUUUAACCCCUAAUAAUGUUCGAGCAUUCUCAAGUGAAGGAACGAUAACCAUAGGGAAUGUGAGCAAAGAAAUAUCUAAACCAAAGAAAGUAGAAUACGUACCUAGAAAAUAUGUGACGAUUAAAGAUGGUCAGUUAAAUUCUCUUUCACAAAGCAGUCUGCGAAAUUUACGAUGGAUGAUGCAAAAAGACAUACUUGGUCAGGAUAUGUUUCUUUUGGGAAGUCCUGGACCCAGCAGGAGGAAAGUAGCUCUUCAAUAUUUGGAGUUGACCCAAAGGGAACUUGAGUAUGUAUCUCUUUCUCGUGACACAACAGAAGCGGACCUCAAACAAAGACGAGAAAUUCAGAGUUCCACUGCAAAGUAUUUUGACCAGAGUGCAGUAAGAGCCGCUGUUGAAGGACGAGUUCUUGUUAUUGAAGGAAUUGAGAAAGCCGAGCGCAAUGUACUGCCAGUGUUGAAUAAUUUACUGGAAAAUAGAGAGAUGCAUCUGGAAGAUGGAAGGUUCCUGAUCCCAGCGUCCAGAUAUGAUAAAUUGUUAGAAGAACAUGGUGUGAAAGAAGUAACAAGAUGGAAAUUGGUGCGAGUUGAUGAGAAUUUCCGUGUGAUAGCACUAGGGCUGCCAGUGCCACGUUAUAAUGGACAGCCCUUGGACCCACCGCUGAGAUCUCGCUUUCAGGCCAGAGAUGUCGCUACUAUUGGAUUUGGGGUGAACAUAAUAAAUUUAUAUCGAAACUCUUACUUGCUAUUCUUAUAA